UGUUUAGCAGUAGGGAGUUUCUGCUAGGGUCUGGAUUGGAGUUAUCACACAGACCGGACCCUACCCUGUAUGAGUGGCGUCUGAGGAGAAAAAGAGGAUUUCCCCAGCCACAAAGAAUCUACAUGUCUAAUAUUUAGACAUGUUCAGCUUUGUGGAUAUCCGGUUAGCGCUUUUGCUCAGCGCAUCAGUGCUUUUGGUGAGAAGUCAAGGCGAGGAUGAUAGCACACUUGGCAGCUGCAAGGUAGACGGACAGUUGUACAAUGACAAGGACGUAUGGAAACCCGAGCCCUGCCAGAUCUGCGUGUGCGACAGCGGCAAUGCCUUGUGCGACGACGUAAUCUGUGAAGACACAUCCGACUGCGAGGACCCAUACAUCCCCGAUGGAGAGUGCUGCCCCAUCUGCCCUGACGAUGGUGAGAUGCCAGGCCCUGAGACCCCAGCUGGACCCCCUGGACCUGACGGAGACCAGGGUCCUGCUGGUCCUGCCGGCCCAGAUGGAAUCCCUGGAACUCCCGGCCUCCCCGGCCCACCCGGCCCCCCUGGACCACCUGGCCUUGGCGGAAACUUCUCUCCUCAGAUGAGCUACAUGGACCCCUCCAAAUCCAGCGGCCCACCUGUCCCUGGCCCAAUGGGUCCCAUGGGUUCCCGUGGUCCCCCUGGAUCUGCCGGUUCCUCUGGUCCUCAGGGUUUCAAUGGACCUCCCGGUGAGCCUGGCGAGCCUGGCGCACCUGGUCCCAUGGGUCCCCGUGGUUCCAAUGGUCCCCCCGGAAAGAACGGAGAUGAUGGUGAGGCUGGCAAAGCUGGACGCCCCGGUGAGCGUGGACCUUCCGGCCCCCAGGGUGCUCGUGGAUUCCCUGGAACUCCUGGACUCCCCGGCAUCAAGGGACACAGAGGAUUCAGCGGUCUGGACGGAGCCAAGGGAGACGGUGGACCUGCUGGCCCCAAGGGAGAGCCUGGUGCUUCUGGUGAGAACGGUAUCCCUGGCGCCAUGGGUGCUCGUGGUCUUCCUGGUGAGAGAGGCCGCCCCGGACCCUCUGGCCCCUCUGGUGCUCGUGGUAACGAUGGCAACACUGGUCCUGCCGGUCCUCCUGGAUCUACCGGACCUUCAGGCCCCCCUGGAUUCCCUGGUGGUGCUGGUGCUAAGGGAGAGACUGGUCCUCAGGGAGGUCGUGGAUCUGAGGGACCCCAGGGAGCUCGUGGUGAGGCCGGUAACCCAGGACCCGCUGGAGCUGCUGGCGCUGCUGGUGCUCCUGGAUCCGAUGGUUCCCCUGGUGCUAAGGGUGCUACUGGUGCUGCUGGUAUUGCUGGUGCUCCUGGUUUCCCCGGUGCUCGCGGUCCUGGUGGAGCUCAGGGAGCUAUUGGUGCUCCUGGCCCCAAGGGUAACAAUGGUGACCCCGGUCCUUCUGGCCCUAAGGGAGAGCCUGGUGCCAAGGGUGAGGCUGGCCCCGUUGGAGUUCAGGGACUCAGUGGAGCCUCUGGUGAGGAAGGAAAGAGAGGAGCCCGUGGAGAGCCUGGUGGUGCUGGACCCCGUGGACCCAAUGGAGAGCGUGGUGGACCUGGUGCUCGUGGUUUCCCUGGCUCUGAUGGAACUGCUGGCGGAAAGGGUGCCCCUGGUGAGCGCGGUGCCCCCGGAGCAAUGGGAGCCCAAGGAGCCACUGGCGAGUCCGGAACCUCCGGCGCCCCUGGCGCUCCUGGAUCCAAGGGUGUGACUGGUAGCCCUGGCAGCCCUGGCCCUGAUGGCAAAGCUGGACCCUCUGGUGCUCCCGGACAAGAUGGUCGCCCUGGACCCGGUGGCCCCUCUGGAGCCAGAGGACAGCCCGGAGUUAUGGGAUUCCCCGGACCCAAGGGAGCCGCUGGUGAGGGUGGCAAGCCUGGCGAGAGAGGUCCCGGUGGAGCUGCUGGAGGCGUUGGUGCCCCUGGCAAAGACGGUGAUGUUGGUGCUCCUGGACCUUCUGGCCCUGGUGGACCUGCUGGAGAGAAGGGAGAGCAGGGACCCGGCGGUCCCCCUGGAUUCCAGGGUCUUCCUGGACCCCAAGGUGCUACUGGUGAGACUGGAAAGCCCGGUGAUCAGGGUGCCCCCGGUGAGGGUGGACCUUCAGGCCCAUCUGGACCCAGAGGUGACAGAGGUUUCCCCGGAGAGCGUGGUGCCCCCGGCGUCGCUGGCCCAACUGGAGCUCGUGGUGCUACUGGUGCUGGUGGUAGCGAUGGUCCCAAGGGUGAGCCUGGUGUCGGUGGUGCCCCCGGUGGUGUGGGAGCCCCUGGUAUGCAGGGAAUGCCCGGCGAGAGAGGAGCCAGCGGCAUGUCCGGUGCCAAGGGAGAGAGAGGUGAUGGCGGCGCUAAGGGACUUGAUGGUGCACCUGGCAAAGAUGGCGGGCGUGGUAUGACCGGCGCUAUCGGAGUCCCCGGACCUCCUGGUGCUCAGGGUGAGAAGGGUGAGGGCGGACCUCCUGGAGUUUCUGGACCUACCGGUCCUCGCGGUUCCCCUGGUGACCGUGGAGAGAAUGGACCUGCUGGACCCGCUGGAUUUGCUGGACCUCCUGGUGCUGAUGGUCAGCCUGGUGCCAAGGGAGAGAGUGGUGACUCUGGACCCAAAGGAGAUGCUGGUGCCCCUGGACCCGGUGGACCCGUCGGAGGUUCUGGACCUCAGGGACCUGCUGGUCCUGCUGGACCCAAAGGUGCUCGCGGUGGUGCUGGAUCUCCUGGUGCUACUGGUUUCCCUGGACCCGCUGGCAGAGUUGGACCUCCUGGCCCAUCUGGCGCUGGUGGACCCCCCGGACCUUCCGGACCCGUUGGCAAAGACGGACCCAGAGGAGGUCGCGGUGAGACUGGUGCUGCUGGUCGCCCCGGAGAGGUCGGUGGUGUCGGAGCUCCUGGACUCUCCGGAGAGAGGGGAUCCUCUGGCCCCGAUGGAGCCCUCGGUCCCGCUGGUCUCCCUGGACCCCAAGGUAUUUCUGGCCCCCGUGGUAUUGUAGGUCUCCCUGGUCAGCGUGGAGAGCGCGGUUUCUCCGGUCUGCCCGGACCUUCUGGUGAGCCUGGAAAGCAGGGACCCUCUGGACAACUUGGUGAGCGUGGACUCCCCGGACCCGCCGGACCCCCCGGACUGUCUGGUGCUACUGGAGAGGCUGGUCGCGAGGGAUCCCAAGGUCACGAUGGUGCCCCUGGUCGGGAUGGACCUCCCGGACCCAAGGGAGACCGUGGUGAGGGCGGUAAUGCUGGACCCCCUGGAGCUCCUGGCGCUCCUGGAGCCCCUGGUGCUGUUGGUCCCUCUGGCAAAACUGGUGACCGUGGAGAGAGUGGUUCCGCUGGUCCCGCCGGUCCUUCCGGCCCUGCUGGUGCCCGUGGUGGUGCUGGCCCCGCUGGUGGUAAGGGAGACAGAGGAGAGGCUGGUGAGGCUGGAGAUAGAGGCCACAAGGGACACAGAGGAUUCAGCGGCAUGCAGGGUCUCCCCGGAACUGCUGGAGGUCCUGGAGAGAGAGGACCUGCUGGUGCCUCUGGACCUGCCGGACCCCGAGGACCUUCUGGAAGCAGCGGCUCCCCUGGUAAGGAUGGCAUGAACGGUCUGCCCGGACCCGUCGGACCCCCUGGACCUCGUGGUCGCAAUGGAGAGAUGGGACCUGCUGGUCCUCCUGGACCUCCCGGACCCGCCGGACCCCCCGGAGCUCCCGGUGGCGGAUUUGACUUCGUCAGCCAGCCCAUCCAGGAGAAGGCCCCCGAUCCCAUGCGUGGAGGCUACCGUGCCGACGACCCCAACAUGCUGCGCGACCGCGACAUGGAGGUUGACGUCACCCUCAAGACCCUGACCCAGAAGGUGGAGAAGAUCCGCAGCCCCGACGGUACCCAGAAGAGCCCUGCACGCACCUGCCGUGACCUGAGGAUGUGCCACCCCGAGUGGAAGAGCGGCAUGUACUGGGUUGAUCCCAACCAGGGAUCCGCUCUGGACGCCAUCCAGGUCCACUGCAACAUGGAGACUGGCGAGACCUGCAUCCACCCCAGCGAGUCCAGCAUCCCCAUGAAGAACUGGUACCGCAGCAAGAACAUCAGAGAGAAGAAGCACGUCUGGUUCAGCGAGUCCAUGACCGGUGGAUCCCAGUUCCAGUAUGGCGGCAACGGCGCUGACGCCGAGGAUGUCAACAUCCAGAUCUCCUUCAUGCGCCUCAUGUCCAACCAGGCCUCUCAGAACAUCACAUACCACUGCAAGAACAGCAUCGCCUACAUGGACUCUUCCUCCGGCAACCUGAAGAAGGCCCUGCUUCUCCAGGGCUCCAACGACGUGGAGAUCAGAGCGGAGGGCAACAGCCGCUUCACAUACAGCGUCAGCGAGGACGGCUGCACGUCACACACUGGCACAUGGGGCAAGACAGUCAUCGACUACAAGACAUCAAAAACAUCCCGCCUGCCCAUCAUUGACAUUGCUCCUAUGGAUGUUGGUGCACCCGAUCAGGAAUUUGGCGUCCAAAUUGGCCCCGUUUGCUUCUUGUAAAAAUGAAAGAAACAUGGACAUGACAUUGUUGUUUUUUUUUCUAGCAGUCAUCUCUAAACCCCAUUUUUCUAUACAAUAAAACUCAUUCGGCUGCCAUUGGGCCACAUGCUUUAAAAACCACUCUACUGAAGACGGUGUUUGUGCUUUUCCAAUUAUGAGAAGUUUUUGGGACUGCUGCGUCAACUGAAACCAACCACGAGGACACUUUUAAGAGAAUCUUUUGCUCCCACUGGCAACAAGAAAAUAAUGUAUACUUGUGUAAAAAAGAAAAAAAGAAAAAAUUUCCCCUUGGAAAUUGAGAAAAGAAAGUUCUCCACAUGCCAUGAAACACAGGUGACCUUUGCCAUUUUCUACCACUGCAGAAGGACAUUGAAAACAACAAGUGAUAUGUACCAUUUUUCUGGUGUUAAAUAAAUUGUAAAAAGUGUGCAGUGUCUUCUUGAUCUGACUUCAAAAACGUAAAGGAAAAAAAAAACACCUCAACCUUGGUCAAACCAGCAAAGACCAACGACAGAGCAAGACAAAGACGCUCGUCUCCACUGCAAUACGUAGAUGGCUACCUCACCCACGAUGUUGUCUUAGAUGAGAACAUUUUACACCAAGUCUUUUUUUGGGGGUAAAUUAAAAACAUUCAAAGGUGCUAUUACCAACUCCACAAGGUUCCGGUUCGUUUUUGGUAUUUGAUGGUGAAACUCUCACGGUCAUACUGUAAUUAUUGCCACUAAUGCCUGCAAACCUUUGGUGCUAUGAAAUUGACUGUCUUGUUGUCUUUGCAGUGCAAUUUGUUUCUUCUAAAGUUUUGGUGUGUUAACACAGGUCCUCUGAAAGGGAGACCACUGCAGAUGUAAUGCAUACAACCAUGUCUUUGUAGAUGCAAGCAAGUGACUCUGGUUAAUUCACAUGUCCCUGCCCAUGUGUUCAUUGUUGGUCCUUCUGUGCCCUGCCCCACCCCCCCCCCCCCUCCUCUCCCCCGGAAAACUACUUUUUACUAUAAACAAAAAAAAAAGAAGAAAAAUCAGCACACGUCUCCCACCCUGUUGUUUAUGUUGUAUGUUGAUGUCUUUUUUUUUUCGCGAAGGUUUUCUUAAAAAAGGAUUUCAAGCAGACCCACUUUCAUGAUUUGAAAAGAGAGAUUCUGUACUUAUUUUGUACAUGUAUAAUAAAUUGAGAUGUUUUUAAUUAUUUUGGGUGCUGAAAUAAAGCAUGUGAAGUGGUCUACUCA